UACUGCUUGUCACCUUCACUGUGCUCAGGCCUGGUAGCACCCACGGGAUUGCCCAUCCUCCGGCAGCUCAGUGCAAAGGUGCGAACUCAACUUCCUUCAGAGCCUCCCCACCAUGACCUCCAAGAAGCUAGUGAACUCGGUGGCAGGCUGUGCCGAUGACACCCUUGCUGGCCUGGUGGCCUGCAACCCCAACCUGCAGCUCCUGCAAGGCCACCGUGUGGCCCUCCGCUCUGACCUGGACAGUCUCAAGGGCCAGGUGGCACUACUGUCGGGUGGGGGCUCUGGCCAUGAGCCCGCCCAUGCCGGUUUCAUAGGGAAGGGGAUGCUGACAGGGGUCAUUGUGGGAGCCGUGUUCACCUCCCCGGCAGUGGGCAGCAUCCUGGCGGCCAUCAGGGCAGUGGCCCAGGCAGGCACAGUGGGGACCCUCCUCAUCGUGAAGAACUACACUGGGGAUCGGCUCAACUUUGGCCUGGCCCGGGAGCAGGCCCGGGCUGAGGGCAUCCCUGUGGAGAUGGUGGUCAUCGGGGAUGACAGUGCCUUCACCGUCCUGAAGAAGGCAGGCAGGCGUGGGCUCUGUGGCACAGUGCUCAUACACAAGGUGGCGGGUGCCCUGGCUGAGGCAGGUGCGGGGCUGGAGGAGACCACAGACCGGGUGAGCGAGGUCGCCAAGGCCAUGGGAACCCUGGGAGUGAGCUUGUCCUCCUGCAGUGUGCCGGGUUCCAAACCCACCUUUGAGCUCUCAGCCGAUGAGGUGGAACUGGGCCUGGGGAUCCACGGGGAGGCUGGCGUGCACCGGAUAAAGAUGGCGACCGCCGAUGAGAUUGUGGCGCUCAUGCUGGACCACAUGACGAGCUCCUCCAACGUGUCCCACGUGCCCGUGCGGUCCGGCUCCUCAGUGGUGCUGAUGGUCAACAACCUGGGUGGCCUGUCAUUCCUGGAACUGGGCAUCAUAGCCGACGCCGCCGUCCGCUCUCUGGAGGGCCGAGGGGUGAAGAUUGCUCGUGCCCUGGUGGGCACCUUCAUGUCAGCCCUGGAUAUGCCUGGCAUUUCUCUCACUCUUCUGCUGGUGGAUGAGCCCCUCCUGAAACUGAUAGAUGCUGAGACCACCGCCUCGGCCUGGCCUAACGUGGCCAAGGUCUUGGUGACUGGGCGGAAGCGGUGCCGGGCUGCGCCCGCCAAGCCCCUGGAGGCCCCUGAUCCCACUGCUGCAGGAGGCGCAGCCUCGAAGCAGAUGGUGCUUGUGUUGGAGCGGGUGUGCGCCACCCUUCUGGGCCUGGAGGAACGUCUGAACGCCCUGGACCGCGCUGCCGGCGACGGGGACUGUGGCACCACUCACAGCUGCGCUGCCAGAGCGAUUCAGGGGUGGCUGAAGGAGGGCCUACCCCCUGCCAGCCCUGCCCAGCUACUCUCCAAAUUGUCCCUCCUGCUACUGGAGAAGAUGGGAGGCUCAUCCGGGGCGCUCUAUGGCCUUUUCCUGACUGCAGCGGCCCAGCCGCUCAAGGCCAAGACUGACCUUCCAGCCUGGUCCGCUGCCAUGGAUGCCGGCCUGGAGGCCAUGCAGAAGUAUGGAAAGGCUGCCCCAGGGGAUAGGACUAUGCUGGAUUCUCUGUGGGCAGCAGGACAGGAGCUCCAAGCCUGGAAGAGCCCAGGGGCUAAUCUCCAAAUCCUGAGCAAGGCAGUCAAGAGUGCAGAAGCCGCAGCCGAGGCCACCAGGAACAUGGAAGCUGGAGCUGGACGGGCCAGCUAUAUCAGCUCUGCGCGCCUGGAUCAGCCAGACCCCGGGGCAGUGGCGGCCGCGGCCAUUCUCCGUGCCAUCCUGGAGGUCUUGCAGAGCCAGGAUGCGUGAAUGCCUCGCUGGGCCUCAGGGCCUCGCUCACUGCUAUGCCCAGCUGCUGCUGUCACUUACUUGUACCUUAGAACUGUCGCCCUCCCAUGCCUCUCGCCCUCGGGGCCUGUCUUCUGAGUU